UCGAGCACUUCCACCCCGACUAUGUCAUCUACAACGCCGGUUCUUUCCCAGCCAACAGAUGGACUGAGGGUAUGACCAGUGCCACUUCCGUCGCCAUCAACUUUGCUGAGAAGGAGAUGGUCAUCCUCGGAACCGAGUAUGCUGGUGAAAUGAAGAAGGGUGUCUUCACUGUGCUCUUCUACGAGAUGCCAGUCAAGCACAACGUCCUCACCCUUCACUCCUCUGCUAACCAGGGUAAGGAUGGUGAUGUCACUGUCUUCUUCGGCCUCUCCGGUACCGGAAAGACUACUCUUUCCGCCGACCCUAAGCGUGCCCUCAUCGGUGAUGACGAGCACUGCUGGACCGACACUGGUGUCUUCAACAUUGAGGGUGGCUGCUACGCCAAGUGCAUUGGUCUUUCUGCAGAGAAGGAACCAGAUAUUUUCAACGCCAUCCGCUUCGGCUCCGUUCUCGAGAACGUUGUCUUCAACCCAGAAACCCGUACCGUCGACUAUGACGACUCCACCCUGACCGAGAACACACGCUGUGCUUACCCAAUCGAGUACAUUGAGAACGCCAAGAUCCCAUGUAUCUCCGACGGCCACCCCAAGAACAUCAUCCUUCUCACCUGUGAUGCUCGUGGUGUCCUCCCACCAAUCUCCAAGCUCACCCCUGAGCAGACCAUGUUCCACUUCAUCUCCGGUUACACCUCCAAGAUGGCUGGUACUGAGGACGGUGUCACCGAGCCUCAGGCCACCUUCUCCUCCUGCUUUGCCCAGCCAUUCCUUGCUCUCCACCCAAUGCGCUACGCUCGUAUGCUCGCUGAUAAGAUCCGCGAACACUCUGCCAACGCCUGGCUCCUUAACACCGGUUGGGUUGGUGCCGGCGCCACCACUGGCGGCAAGCGUUGCCCCCUCAAGUACACUCGUGCCAUUCUCGACGCCAUCCACUCUGGUGAUCUCGCCAAGGCUGAAUAUGAAGUCUACGACACCUUCAACCUUCACAUCCCAACCUCCUGCCCCGGCGUGCCUUCUGAGCUUCUUAACCCCAAGACUUCCUGGACUGGUUCUGCCGACUUUAAGCAAGAGGUGACCAAGCUUGGUGUCCUCUUCAACGACAACUUCAAGAAGUACGCUGAUGAGGCUACUCCAGAGGUCAUUGCUGCCGGCCCAGCUGUUGCUGCUGCCAAGGUCGAGGAGGCCGUCAAGCCUGCCGCCGCCGCCGUUGGCAGCGUUGUCGAGCAGGUCAAGGCUGCUGUUGCUGAACCAGAGAAGGUUCUUAACGGCAAUGCUCCUUCCAGCUAAUUCAUUUUCCUUGCUCACAUCGUCACCCAUUGAAAUGUUCCACCGAUACACUCGAAAUGUACCAUGACCCGCCUUGGUUAGAAAAGUGCCUCUUAAACUUUUUGUCUAUCUUACCUUAUUGUCAAGCCGCAUAUGAUACUCAGCGUUGCUUUUCCUUUACUUUCACUUUUGCUUUGGCUAAUCACAACGAUUACGCUAUCUCUCUUGGUCGAGAGACUGCCCUCAUUCCUACAAAUUGUGCCUGCCUCUUUUUACUUACUAUGCUUGUCUUGUCUUGGCUUUGAUUUUCGCGAGUGAGUGAGCUGAGUUGGUGAGCGCAAGGAGAUGGAAACAAUUAAUUAAACCAUAGACUAUACCCAUUAGAGAAAAAAAAAAAAAAAGAAAAAAGAAAGAAAAAAACAAAACAUUUAAAUUUAACCAA